CUAUACAAGUCACACAUCGAACAGAGCAGACGUAAGAUUAAUCAUACUCAUCCUCGAACCACAGCCUCUACCCACAGCCUCUUCCUACAGCCUCUACCUGCAGCCUCUACCUGCAGCCUCUACUACUCGAACAUGGACUAUCACUUUCCUGUAUUCUAUCCGGCAGUCAUGCCAUACCGAAGCAACAUCAAAGAAUACAGUCGAGAUCACCGUGCCUGGAUCCAGGAUGGGAAGAAAUUCCGGGGCAUCAAGUCCCAAAAGGCUUUCAUCUGGCCCAAGGAUGGCAGAAACGGGUCCAAGUGGGGUCGCAUGAAGGACAUCAUGCAUAGUAAGGGUCCCGAUAUCCACAUAGCCAUGAGCGCUGAGAAGAUGGACUACAUAAAGAAUCGACAGAGCAGAUCCCGCUGGGCUGACUGGACCUGCAUCGAUGAUCGCGACAAGGAUCUGUCCAUGUCGUCAACCAAGUAUGCACCCUGGACUCACAACGGUAUGCUUGGUGGACGUAAUCCAGGGUUAAGCUACGAUUUCCGCACUCGCAAGUACGGCAAGCUCAACAAGGCCACCUGGACAGACGUCAAGUGGCAGCCAGAGCCCAACGGGAAACAGGGGUAUCCGGAGGCGUUUCGGUCGUUAUAUGGGAAUUGGUACCAGGAUAAUGAGUACCUCCCAUUGUCUAAGCGUUAUAGGCCUUGGGUCUGACUGUGACCGUCGAGUAACAGCAGUGUAUCGCUGAGGGUCAUCUCACAAACAACCCUCAUGGAAUGCUUCCCAAACGGUUUCUAGGGUAUCGUUGGCGCCGGUGAUGUGCUUGUUUCUUCUGGCGGUGGGAAUCAGAGUAGUGUCGUCAAGUAACUUCGUGCAUCUAGCACAGGAUGUGCCUU